AUGAGCACCAAAAUCUCACCACCUCGCUCCAGCGGUGACAAGUACCGACAUUCAGAGAAAAUGGCGGGCUCUCGUGAACAGGACAACUACACAAUGCGGGUCCUUGGCAGAGAGAUCCGGAUCCAGAAAAUGAAGAACGGUUUCGUCCGGAUGGGAAAGGAACAAAGCGCACUUCAG